AUGUCCGCGGCCGAGGCGCAAGAGACGCUGCGGAAGUUGACGUCACCCGACCCCGGAAUCCAGCUGCAUCUCGACGUCAACGCCCUCUACGUUAUCCUGAGCACGCAGAGCGCCAACAAUGCCUGCCACUGGGCGCUGUACCUCCACAUCGGGCCGCGGCUCGGCUGGGUCUUCCACAUCACCAACAUGGGCUGCGUGAGCUGGGAGUACCGCUGCGACGAGGCCACAGAGAUGACCUGCUCGGCGACGGCCGUGUCCGCCGUCAAAAUCGCAGACAUGACGCCCGAGAUGCACGAGGCGCUGCGCCAGCGCAUCGGCCUCGACAGCAGGCCGGCCGUCAAACUGCAAGACACGGAGCAGUUUGGCCCCCUCACCUGCCGCACCUGGCUGCUCCAGGCCCCCUACGAGCUGGACAACGAAGGGUACAUUAGUGUGCUGCCCGGGUAUUCCGUCAAGGACGUGGGCGAGGAGGCGUCGUCGCUGGCCUCCACCAACCAGUACCUGCUGGAGAAGAAGAUGGCCAAGAUGUCGGAGCUGCGCAAGGAAAUGAACAGUGCCUGCUGCGCGCUGUAA